CUAGCUGGCGCGCUGGUCGUACCGGGUGUAACGAGGACGAGGGGAUCCCGGCCGAGCGGCGAGCCGAGAGCGCAGCACGUUCGGCUCGCGCUCGCGCUCGCGCGGAAUCCUCAUCGCGAGCUCGCGAGCCGCGUUGACCGAUCGCCCUCGCUAUAGCGAUCGUGCGGCACAUCGACGGUGGCAGUGGCAUCAGCAGUCGAUCGCGAGUAGGAUCAUGCGAUCAGAUGAUCGGGGAGGACGAGGAGUCAGCGUCAAGGUCGGCUGCCGUGGCCGCGGCCUGCGCGCAAGUGGACGUCGAGAAACUGCCGCCGAGGCUGAUCAAUCCGCUGGAGAGGCGGCCGCGAUGGAACGGCCGACACGUCACGCCCAUGUCGCCGCACCAGCUGAUCGACGGGCGCAUCAUAAGGAGCUCGCUGCUGCUCAACCGGAAGAGGAAGAAGAAGCGAACCCUGAGGUUCCCCGACAACGAGGUGGCCGGCUGCUUGGAGCCUGAAAAUCCGUGGAAAUUCCGCCAGCACCCGAAUCGAGAUGCAGCGCUGGCCGCCUACAGGGAGGCCUGCACCAAGCACAAGGUGUCGCCCUUGUCCGCCGUGAUGUUCCAGGUGAAGUCGGCGAGCAACAUCGACGACCGCUGCGAGGAGCUGGACUUCCGCGGCACGAGCCUGCACCAGAAUGACUGCGAAGCGCUGGAGGAAAUAUUCAGGAGGAUACUGUUCUACAAGGUGAACUUGGACGGGGCCAUCGCGGAGGACAAUAGCGCGGAGGUGCUGUUUCAAAUAUUCGAGUUCUACGAGGCGACGGCGCACCUGGACCUGUCCAACAACAAGGCCAUCGGCAGCUUCGGCUGGCAAGCUUGCAGCAGAAUGCUGAGAAAGGUAAGCCUCCGCGGGCCUCGCUUCGCGCCGCGCCCAGCCCGGCACGGCCUGAUAGCCUGCGCUCCCCACGCAGACCACCUCGCUGAAGCGGCUGGACGCCGCGAACGUGCGCCUCACCGAGGAGUACAUGAUCGUGCUGAGCCGCGGCCUGCGAUACGCCUACCUGUUCGUACUGAGACUCGACUCGUGCCGACUCUCCGGUCGACUGCUGGAGCUACUAGGUGGGUCGUCGUCGCCUCGCGCCUUGCGCCUCCGCCUGAUGUGUCCUUGCGCUCGAUUUGCCUGUCCGCAGUCAUAGCCCUCAAGUUCAACAUGGCCCUGCGGCAGCUCUAUCUCUGCGGCAAUCAGUUGUGCGGCGGAGACUGCCUCCAGAUCCAGACGCUGCUCAAGUUCAACUGCCGACUGUCCUACCUUGACCUCAGUGACAACUUGAUUGCCGACGACGGCAUCUACUACGUGACCAACGGACUCACGCACCAGCUGCACUUUGGCAAGUUCAGCAAGUCGAAGAAAGGCCUGGAGAGCCUGAUACUCUGGAACAACCAGCUGACCAGGCGAUCGGCUUGCCACCUUAAUGCCGCCAUUAAGGCCUGCAAAACACUCAAGUACUUGAGCCUCGGGGCUAAUCGGCUCACCGACGACACUCUCAUGGAUAUCAGGGACUCGCUGAUGGGCAACGACGUGCUGCUUAAGCUCGAUUUGCGCUCGGCCGAGAUCACUUGCUUCGGCUGCUCCGAGCUUGCCAGAGUACUGCGGGUCAAUAGUGUUCUCGAGAAGCUGGAUCUUCGAGACAACCCGAUCUACAAGGUUGGCGUGCAGCACCUCAUCGACGUCGUGCAGUUCAACAGGAACCUCACGGAAGUGAAUGUCGACGACAAGUCGAAAAUCAAGACGACAACCAGAAUAAAAAUGAAAUACAGUGACAUGGCUAAGCAACUGCAGAGUUUCUGCGAAAGCAACCGACAACUUUUGAAACAAGAGGAACUGUCCAGAUCCGAAUCGGACGAGGAGGACGAGAACGACGAUGACGAUGACAUAUUCGGCGAGGACGAGCUGGACAAUUUGGAAGAGCCGCAAGAAGAAUUGCCAACCGAGUACAAACGCUACGUUACAUGGAAAAUAUAGAUUAUACAAUAAUUCAUAGUUUUUUAUCGAUCCAAAUUCAUUUUUUAAACUCAACUUAACCAUCCUUUUAUUCAUAGAAAUCGCUCAUUUCACGAAACUAUGAGCAUUCAUAAAUAUUACCGCUCUUUCCAUUGAUUCAAGUCGAACACUCAUCACUUUCUUCAUUACAUUUUAAUAAUAAAUAAAGAAAUA